AUGGAAAAGCUUCUAGUGUACCAAUAUAUAUCAAACGGCAAUCUUUAUGAUUGGCUACACACAAAAGAAGGCACUGAUAAGAUCUUGGCAUGGCCUUUGAGGAUUAAAAUUGCAAUCGCGAUAGCUAGUGGCUUGGCAAGGCUUCACCACAGGUGGGAUCUCCGAGUAAUCCAUCUUAACAUGAGUUCAAACUCUAUUUUACUUGAUAAGAAUUUUGUGCCCAAGCUAUCAAAUUUUGGAGGGGCAAAAAUAUCUAGUCCUAAAGGGAUGAUGUUCAUUGAUUCAAAUGACAUUGACUCAAGCAAUAGCUCUUUUGUAGACAGUUGUGUUUGGGAGUUGGGUUUUGUUAAAAAGAAUGUGUAUGACUUUGGAAUUCUGCUUCUUGAGCUAAUUAUAGGGAAGGAACCCAUUCAAAUCAACAAUUUUUCGAACAAUUUGAAUGGGAGUUUGGUUGAUUCGAUUACUCAUCUUUUGAGUUAUUCUUCCAAUCUCUACAGUGUCAUUGAUAAAUCUCUAAUUGGUUGA